AUGGCGGCCGCAGACGCAGCACUGGAGAGGGGGUCCUCCUUCAUGGAUCCGCUCAGAGGAUUACUGCUGACUUAUCUCAUGCCAGAGUCCUGUUAUGACGAGUUCUUCCUCAACUUUAACUUCUUACACGUUCCAUGUUUGAAGGUUGUGAUCAGCAAAGGUCUGGGCAUCGGCAUCAUCCUGGGAUCAGUCCUUGUGAAGCUUCCUCAGAUCCUGAAGCUUGUAGGAGCCUCCAGUGCUGAGGGUCUGAGCCUGAAGUCUGUUCUUCUGGAGCUGGUGGCCAUCACUGGAACCAUGGCCUACAGCAUCAUCAACCAGUUCCCCUUCAGUGCGUGGGGAGAGGCGCUCUUCCUCAUGCUGCAGACACUGAUCAUCGCCUUCCUCAUCCUCCACUACAACCAAAGGAGCAGCACAGGAGUGCUGCUGGUGCUGCUGUAUGGGGUGGUCCUGGCUGUUCUGCUCUCCCCCAUCACUCCCCCCUCCCUCAUCACGACCCUGCAGGCUUCUAACAUGCCCGCUGUGGUCAUCGGACGGCUGAUCCAGGCGGUCACCAACUUUCAGAACGGCCACACUGGUCAGCUGUCGGCAGUGUCUGCCUUCCUCCUUUUCUCCGGCUCUCUCGCUCGAAUAUUCACAUCUAUGCAGGAGACUGGUGAUUCUCUAAUGGCUGUCACGUACAUGGUCUCGUCUCUGUGUAAUGGAAUCCUGGUGCUGCAGCUGCUCUACUACUGGAACACGCAGCCACCAACCAAGACCAAGGCGGACUAG